UGUUUUAGGAGAAAAGUAACACACCAUAAGUAGCAGCUUCCCCUUUUAAAUGUACAAUCAUCAUCAUAAUAAUGGGAACGUUGGUCUUGCAGUCAGUAACAUCUUUUUAAAGUAGUUAAAGUUCUUAAAGUAGUAGGGAACCUUCUUUAACCACUGAUCAAAUGCAAUAACAACUCCACAAUAUUUUGUAUAUUAAAUACAAUUUCACUAUUGUUGUUGCUGCUGUGUGCCUACAAGUUGUUUCUGACUUAUGGCAAACCAAAGGAUUUAUUCAACCAAGUCAAACAGCCUAAAGGAAAAUGGGAAAGGGCUACAAAGUGGUGGUUUGUGGAAUGGCUUCAGUGGGCAAGACAGCCAUUUUGGAACAAGUUCUGUAUGGUAAUCACAGAGUUGGUGCAGAAUGUAUUUCGACAAUAGAAGAUGUUUAUGUGGCUUUGGCUGAAACAGAUCGAGGAGUCAAGGAACAGUUACGGCUGUACGACACCUGUGGGGUGCAAGAGGGCGAGGAAUUCCCCAAGCACUACUUCUCUAUUGCAGAUGGUUUUGUUCUGGUGUAUGCUGUGAAUAGCAUGGAAUCCUUUGAGACUGUGGACUGGCUCAAAAAGGAGAUUGACAAACUGAGAGACAAAAAAGAGGGGUCAGUUAUUGUUUUAGGCAGUAAGAUGGAUCUUGUGGAGGAGAGACAAGUAGAAACUGAAGUAGCACAGCAGUGGGCUCGACUGGAGAAGGUGAAGCUGUGGGAAGUGACAGCAACAGACCGGAAGACACUGAUGGAGCCUUUCAUGGUGUUAGCAAGCAAACUCUCUCAGUCUCAGAACAAAUCAGCAUUUCCUUUGCCCGGACGGAAGGCCAAAGGCAAUAAUGACGACAACUAAAACUGAU